AUGGGGGCUGAUGGCGGGAAGCGGGUGGAGCUGCCCGGCUCGGCCGUGACCUCACAGCCCCUGGCCCAGCUCAGCCCUGACGUCAGGCCCUGCUCCCGCCCCCGCCUGCGCUGGUCUUCAAAGGAUCCCCCAGCUCUCCGGGCACAGGGCACAGAGAGACUGGGACGGGAGCGGAGGGAGAGAGCCGGCGGACCCGCAGCCAUGAGACAGGACGUCCCCAAGCCCAGCCCUGCAGCGCGCCACUGCUCUGGCCUGGUCCGGCGGGUGCUGACCAUCGCCUUCGCGCUGCUCAUCCUGGGCCUCAUGACCUGGGCCUACGCCGCAGGCGUGCCGCUGGCCUCCGAUCGCUAUGGCCUCCUGGCCUUGGGCCUCGCCGGGGCCUUCCUGUCGGCGGACCUGGUGGCGCAGAGCCUCUUCGCGUACCUGCAGCACCGGCGGGGCGCGGGCGCCGAGGACCCCUGGCGGCUGGUGGUGGAGGCGCUGGUGAGGCCGCGCAGGUGCGUGUGUGGCUCAGCGCUGGGGCUGCAAGCGCCAGGUCGUGUACGCCGCCUUCAAGGCGCUGGGCGCCGCCUUUGGAGAGAGAAAAACUCCCAGGCAUUUGGUAACCAGAGUACAGAAGUGUUCAGAGUAUUGUGUGUUUUGUAA